CGUCCACAGUCGAAAUUAAUGGCUAAACCCAGCCCAGUUCUACAUUUACAUUUACAUUUAAGUCAUUUAGCAGACGCUCUUAUCCAGAGCGACUUACAAAUUGGUACAAUUUAUCUUCUUGAAAUCUGAUGUUAACCCUAACCACACUGCGAACAUUUUGGCUAACCCGAACCUUAAGACCAAACAUAUAUUUUUUUGUUUUCAUAAAUAUUUAUGAUUAAAACCAAUUUUGACUUUGUGGUUUUGGUAAACUAGUGAAAACCUCGGAGUUACACGUGGUCACGUCACGUGCGCCAUCAUUCAAUAUCAAGAUGGCAGCCUCCGUGUGUCGGUGCUAUGAGCUGGUCGGAAGACGUCUUCUGCUCCUGUCAUCCCGUGCUGUCGUCUCCUCAUUCAAUAGAGGAGAUGCCUACAGGAUAUGUGGGUCUCCGGCUGUCCCUGUGCAGGUGCGGUAUGCGUCAGAACGACCUAGUCGUAAAGGCUUUUUCGGGGAGUUUGUGGAGAACCUGAGGCAGGAGUUUGGUAAGGACAAGGAGAUGAAGGAGAACAUCAAGAAGUUCAGAGAGGAGGCCAAGAGGCUAGAGGAGUCGGAUGCCCUGCAACAGGCUCGGAGGAAAUUUAAAACCAUUGAGUCUGAAACCGUUAAGACCUCUGAGGUGUUCAAGAAGACCUUUGGGACUCUGUCUGAAACUGUGAAGGAGGGCCUUGAGGAGGUGACCCGUACAGACCUGGGGAAGAAAAUCAAGGAGGGGGUGGAGGAGGCAGCCAAGACUGCCAGGCACUCGGUUGAGUCUGUGUCCAAGGGGGGAGAGAAGCUGGGAGUGACCAGCGCCUUCAGGGCCAUCUCACAGGGGAUGGAGUCAGUGAAGAGAGAGAUUGAUGUGGUGGACGAUGGUACUUACAGGGCUCCUUCUCAACUCAGGAAGAGGAGGGAAUUCUCCUCCAAGGGAGGGGAGAGCGACAACCGAGUGUUUGAGGCCAACGAAGAGGGCAUGGGUGUUGUGCUGCACAAGGAUUCUAAGUGGUACACACAGUGGAAGGACUUUAAAGACAACAACAUGGUUUUCAACAGGUUCUUUGAGAUGAAAAUGAAGUAUGACGAGAGUGACAACGCCCUUGUCAGAGCAUCUCGAGCCGUGACCGACAGAGUCACCGAUCUACUAGGUGGUCUCUUCUCUACCACGGAGAUGUCUCAGGUGCUGACGGAGAUCUUGAAGGCAGAUCCCAGCUUCGACAAGGACUCCUUUCUCAAACAGUGUGAGAAGGACAUCAUCCCCAACAUCCUAGAGGCUAUGAUCCGCGGGGAGCUCGAGAUGCUGAAAGACUGGUGCUAUGAAGCGACAUACAGUCAGCUGGCCCACCCCAUCCAGCAGGCCAGGGCCCUGGGUCUAAUGUUCCAGUCCAAGGUCCUAGAUAUAGACAAUGUAGAUUUGGCGAUGGGGAAGCUCAUGGAUCAAGGCCCCGUGUUGAUCAUCACCUUCCAGGCCCAGGUGGUCAUGGUGAUUCGUAGUCCCAAGGGAGACCUGGUGGAAGGAGAUCCGGAGAAGGUGUUGAGGAUGAUGUACGUGUGGGCUCUGUGUCGGGACCAGGAGGAGCUCAACCCCGACGCGGCCUGGAGACUACUGGACAUGUCUGCCUCCAGCACCGAGCAGGCUCUUUGAGAGAUGAGGGACCCGACAAAGGGACGCUCCCGGGACGGACACACACAUCCAGGAUCUACACACACAAGCCAGUGUACACCGCAACAUCACACAUAUCCAGGAGCCACACUGUAUGUCAAGAGGACGUGGCCACUUUCCAGAUGUGUACUAGAGUGGUGUGUUUGUGGUUAGUCCUCAUGGCGCAGAUGGGAUCUUCUACUGGUGUGUGUGUGGUCUUAGGAAAGAAAUAGUGUGUCUAGACACGAAGUGAAAGGACAGUUUGUUUUCGGUUGUGCACUGGGGCCUCCCACUCUUUCUAUUCUGGUUAGAGCAAGUUUGCUUUCUGUAGUACACAGCUUUGUACGAGAUCUUCAGUUUCUUGGCUAUUUCUUGCAUGGAAUAGCUUUCAUUUCUCAGAACAAGAAUAGACUGAUGAAUUUCAGAAGAAAGUUCUUUGUUUCUGGCCAUUUUGAGCCUGUAAUCGAACCCACAAAUGCGGAUGUUCCAGAUACUCAACGAGUCUAAAGAAGGCCAGUUUUAUUGCUUCUUUAAUUAGCACAAGUUUUCAGCUGUGCUAACAUAAUUGCAAAAUUGUGAUCAAUUAGCCUUUUAAAAUUAUAAACUUGGAUUAGCUAACACAACGUGCCAUUGGAACACAGGAGUGAUGGGUGCUGAUAAUGGGCAUCUGUACGCCUAUGUAGAUAUUCCAUAAAAAAAAUCAGCAAUUUCCGAGUUACAAUAGUCAUUUACAACAUUAACAAUGUCUACACUAUUUCUGACCAAUUUGAUGUUGUUUUAAUGGACAAAAAAGGAGCUUUUCUUUCAAAAACAAGGACCAAGGAUUUGUUAGAAUGUUUUAUGCUUUUUACGUGAAGACAAACUGAAGAUAAAUAGGAUAUCUAUGUAUGUUGAAAGAUCCAUCGUGUCACAUCUCCAAAUACUCAUGGCAAUUCAGACUAACUGUUAAAUAUGUCAAACUGCUUCAUUGCAAGCUAGGGUGGGACCACAGUCAGGCUUGUCGUAAGGCAGCUACUUUUUCAGCUGAACCUCAUAGACAUUGCACUGAUGUGCUCAGUACUUCCAGAUGUACUUAUAUGGUACUGUAUGAGAGACUGCCUGCAACGGGUAUGUAUAUGGCUGUUUUUAGAUUUUAAAAAAAUUACAUUACACGUUUAUUUUUUGUCUGUAUUACAUGGUUUUCACAUCAGGAAACUGGAAUACUGGUAACUGAAAGGGUUAUUUUUGUUAACCAUAACGCAAUAACAGAAGAUAAGAUUUCAGGGAGUGUUGUAGCUAACUGAUUUGAGUGUUUCAUUCAGAGUUGGUUCUAGCAUGAGGAAAUGUGAUAUUUCAUGACAAAGGGCAAUAUCAUAUUUCAGCCGUCUAUACAGAUAACAUGUAAAUCUAGUGCUCUGAGAUGGACUAUUCAUCAAAACAAGGACCAUCAUUCUAACAAAAGUAUGGUUUAAUGUUGUGAGCUCUAGAUUAAAGUAUAUAAAUCAGGAGUUUUUAUGGAAACGUUUUACUUGGACCAUGAAUGUGUUGACAGAAGGGUGAGUUUCUAACAAGAAUAUUCAGAAAAUAUUCAGACCCCUAGACGUUUUCCACAUUUUGUUACGUUACAGCCUUAUUCUAAAAUGGAUUAAAUAAAUAUAAAUCCUCAGCAAUCUACACACAAUACUCCAUAAUGACAAAGCGAAAACAGGUUUUUAGAAAUGUUUGCACAUUUAUUAAAAACAGAAAUACCUUAUUUACAUAAGUAUUUACACUCUUCGCUAUGAGACUCGAAAUUGAGAGCAGGUGCAUCCUGUUUCCUUUGAUCAUCCUUGAUGUUUCUACAACUUGAUUGGAGUCCAGCUGUGGUAAAUUCAAUUGAUUGGACAACAAUUUGGGAAGGCACAGACCUUCCCACAGUUGACAGUGCAUGUCAAAGCAAAAACUAAUCCAUGAGGUCAAAGGAAUUGUCCGUAGAGCGCCGAGACAGGAUUGUGUCAAGGCACAGAUCUGGGGAAGGGUACCAAAACAUUUCUGCAGCAUUGAAGGUCCCCAAGAACACAGUGGCCUCUAAUCGGAGGAGAAGGGCCUUGGUCAGGGAGGUGACCAAGAACCCGAUGGUCACUCUGAUAGAGCUCCAGAGUUCCUCUGUGGAGAUGGGAGAACCUUCCAGAAGGACAACCAUCUCUGCAGCACUCCACCAAUCAGGCCUUUAUGGUAGAGUGGCCAGACUGAAGCCACUCCUCAGUAAAAGGCAAAUGACAGCCCACUUGUAGAGUUUGCCAAAAGGCACCUAAAGACUCAGACCAUGAGAAACAAGAUUAUCUGGUCUGAUGAAACCAAGAUUGAACUGUUUGGCUUGAAUGCCAAGUGUCACGUAUGGAGGAAACCUGGCAUCAUCCCUACAGUUAAGCUUGCCAUGGUGAUGGCAGAAUCAUGCUGUGGGAAUGUUUUUCAGCGGCAGGGACUGGGAGAAUAGUCAGUAACAGAGCAAAGUACAGAGAUCCUUGAUGAAAACCUGCUCCAGAGCUCUCAGGACCUCAGACUGGGUGCGAAGGUUCACCUUCCAACAGGAAAUCAACUCAGCCAAUACAAUGCAGGAGUGGCUUCGGGACAAGUCUCUGAAUGUCCUAGGGUGGCCCAGCCAGAGCCCGGACUUGAAAAAUCUAAACCAUUUGCUUUGUCAUUAUGGGCUAUUGUGUGUAGAUUGCUGGGGGGGACAAUUUAAUACAUUUUAGAAUAGGGCUGUAACAAAAUGAGAAAGGUCAAGGGUCUGAAUUCUUUCCGAAUGCACUGUGACUAUCAAUUUAACCUUGUUUUUUGGGGGGUGUUUGUGGUUGACAGAUAAGGUCCAUUUGAAAGUAGAAGUUGCCCCUCUAGAAUUAGAUUUCCCUUAUGCCCAAACCUAUAUGUAAUAAUUAGACGCGUAAAAUUAUAUCUGUCCCUAAAACAGGUUGGGGCAACUCAAAGCUCACUGGAAGUUGAAGAAAGUGAUCGGCUCUUGAAGUGGCAGAAACCUUAUACUCUACAGUAUAUCUAAGAACAGGGUUCUUUUGUGAAAAAUAACCCUGUUCACGCUGGGCUGAAUCCUAACUUGAGAUACAUUAUUUGCUAGCGUUGAGUACGAAUAUGUUGAUUGGAGAUUUGUGGAACUCUCAGGUUAUGAUUCCAUCCUGAGAGAGUCUCACUUUUGUUUACAUCCAUGUAUUUGUGUCGACCAAAGGAAAUAUCUAUGUAUUGUAUCACUUAAUUUUUUUGCCUUGAGAAAAGAUUGCUGUAUGAUACUGAGGCUUUGUUCAUGUUUUUCAUUGUCUGUCAUUCGCCAGCAUUAGUCAUUAGUGGUAUAAUAACCAGCGGCGACCCGUCAUUCAGGGCAGGUGGGGCAUUUUUGGGCUUGCCUGUUUUGCAUUUUAUUUUGUCAUUAAGACGUAUCACAUAUCAGUUUGCAAACAAUGUAAAAAAAUAUAUAUCAUAAGGUUAAUAAAGCUGCAUACACA